AUUUGCCGCGCUGCUUCACAUGGACGGAUCGUACAAGGCAAAGUGAUACAAGAAAAAGACAUGUAGCUAUGCAGCUAUCAUCUCACGCAUACGUCUCUCUACCAGUCUCUCUUCACUCUGGUCUCAGUGGGAAGAAACGAACUUAUCGCCGCCAUGGCUCCCAACUACUCUCCCAAACACUUCCUCGUCACCUUUCCAGCCGAAUAUGUCGCCCAUGUCGAAAUCAACCGAGCAGACAAGCUUAACUCCUUCUUUGAAGCGUACGGCUUUGUGCUUCCCCCCUGAUGACUCUACAAGAACCUGCUAACGACGUUGGGUACAGGAUGUGGCUAGAACUCCGUGACAUAUUCGGUCAGCUAUCUCACGACCCCAACGUACGAGCCGUUGUCCUCUCCGGCGCUGGCUCCCGCGCAUUUACUGCGGGACUGGACGUCAAGGCUGCAUCGAAAAGUCUUCUCGGACCCAAGCCAGAUGGUGAUGCCGCACGUCACGCUGCCAUUUUCCGCCGUCACAUCGCCUCUUUCCAGGAAUGCAUUACUGCGGUAGAGAAGUGCGAGAAGCCAGUUAUUGCGGCGAUGCAUGGGAUAAAUUUUGGACUUGGGAUUGAUCUCUCAGCUGCCACGGACAUUCGAUACUGUGCGGCUGAUACGAAGUUCUCCGUCAAGGAGGUCGAUAUUGGUCUUGCAGCGGAUAUUGGUACUUUGUCCCGUCUUCCAAAGGCUGUUGGAAGCUAUAGUUGGGUUAAAGAAGUUUGCUUGACGGCCAGGGUUUUCGAUGCCAAAGAGGCGAAGGAGGUCGGAUAUGUCAGUGCUGUGUUCGAUAACAAAGAGGUCAUGAUUGAAAAAGCAUUGGCGACUGCAAAGUUGAUUGCUUCCAAGAGCCCUGUUGCUGUCCAGGGCACCAAGGAGCUACUUAACUGGUCAAUUGACCAUUCAGUUCAGGAUGGCUUAAGAUAUACCGGAGUGUGGAAUAGCGCAGCCCUUCAGACCAGCGAUAUAACAACUGCGCUUCUAUCGGGCUUGGAGAAGCGAACUCCUACGUUUGAGAAGCUAUGAUGGGAGUAAUGGGUUCCUACUCCAAUUCAAAGUAAAAGACUAGAUCUGUACAUAAGAGAAUCGGGAUUAUAUAGAAGACAUUAAUUUAUUCAUUUCCAAGCUAAAUGCUAUAACAAAAACCUCGCUACCUUUACAUAUUUAAA